AUGGCGCGGUGCAGGACGGUGGGCCAAACGGUUCGCGUGCUGUUGAAGGAGGGCGGCGUGCGCGGCAUGUGGCGCGGCACGGGGCCGACGGUGGUGCGGCUGUCGCUGGGGGCGGGCAUCAACUUUGUGGCCCUCGAAAAGCUCAAGGCCUUCAUGCUGCACGGCCUGCCGGCGUCGCAGGGGCACCUCGGCUUCUUGCAGGCAGCUCUCGUGGGGGGCAUGUCCCGCGCCCUGUCUGCGGCGGUGAUGUCGCCGGUCACCCUCGUCAAGACCCGCAUGGAGUACGGCGGCCCGAUGGCGACGCAGUACCGCUCCACGUGGCAUGCUCUCUCGACCAUCGCGGCGCAGGAGGGGCCGCGGGGGCUGUUCAGGGGGCUCGGGCCGACCGUUCUCGCCAACGCGCCGUUCUCUGCUCUGUACUACAUGUUCUACACAAAAAUUAAGCAGGCGGUGUCGCAGGAAGGGCGGCCUCAGGUGGCGGUCAACCUGAUGUCUGGCCUGGUGGGCGCGACGGCUGCGACGCUGCUGACACAGCCUAGUGACGUCGUGCGGACGCGAGUGCAGCUGGGGCUCGGCACCGCCGGCGCGACGGGGGCGGCGGCUGCGGCGGGGGCGGCGCGUGCGAACGCAUGGGAGACGCUGCGGGCGGCGCUGCGGAGCGGCGGGCCGGGCGCGCUGCUGACGGGCGCGGCGCCGCGGAUAGCGAAGCGCAGUUUGCAGACGGCGCUCCUAUGGGCGGUCGUAUCCGGGCAGGCGCGCAUGGACCCGUCCUUCUUCCGCCGCGACUUGCGGCUGCCGCGGCACAGGGAUGUGCGACUGGAAGAAUUCUCCGCUUGGGGCCCGGACUGUGGCGAUAUGUUCUUCUUUCCGGAGGGAGCCCUGAACAUUCUCUUUUCUCCAGUGGACAAGAACUUUAGCGUCAAGCUGAAAUACAUCGGCUUUGCGCCCGACGGCUAUUGCAAGCGCAUCAACGCGUGCUCGCACGCAGAGUUUUACUGCGCAGUCCGGCUGCUGAACCUGGUCCGGGACAAGUGGCCGCGCCAGUUCAAGUCCUGGGUAAACCGGGUGUGCGCCAACGUCGGCAGCGGCGGGAAGCUAGGGGUGCCGCAGCCGCCGCCCGGCGCGGGCGGCGGCGGCGCCGGCGACGCGCCGGCGUUCAUCCACCUGCUGACGCGCGGGGAGGAGGGGCAGGUGCUGGAGUGGCCGCAGUGGCCGCAGGCGCCGCUGGGCAAGGCGGCGGCGUACCUCAAGGCGCUGCACGCUGAAGUCGACGCAGCGGCCCGCAGCCGCCGCGCGCCGACCUGGGAGUCUGUCUGGACUGCCAUAAAGCUCGGCAUCGACUGGCAGCCGAAGGACGCGGAGUUUGCGGACUUGCCGGACCCAGUCCGCCUGGUGCGGCCGGUGAAGGAGGCGCUCGCGGGCGCGCUGUCGGUGACGGCCGCGGCG